AAUCGAUGAAGCAGCUGGCCUGGUCUUCUUCACGCCUACCCUCUUUCCUCCCUCUGUUCCUUCACUCAACAAACUCCUUGUCUUGAUCUCACAUCACAGCCAUGGCAGACGCAUUCAAAGCGGAGGGCAACAAGCUCUUCGCCGCCAAAGACUUCCAAGGCGCCAUUGAGAAAUUCUCGCAAGCCAUCGAAGCAGACCCCUCCAACCACGUCCUCUACUCCAACCGCUCCGGCGCCUACGCCUCGCUCAAACAAUUCGACAAAGCCCUCGAAGACGCCAACCAAACAACGCAACUCAAACCCGACUGGGCGAAGGGUUGGGGCCGCAAGGGCGCCGCGCUCCAUGGCGAGGGCAACCUCGUCGAUGCGCUGGAUGCGUAUGAAGAGGCACUCAAACUCGAUCCGAACAAUGCGCAGGCCAAGUCGGGCGUGGAGUCGGUCAAUCGUGCCAUCCAGGCGGAGAUGAAGGAGGAUGGGGUCAGUGGGGAUCCCACGGGGGGUUUGGGCAGCAUGUUCAACGAUCCCAAGUUGUAUGAGAAGCUGGCGGCGAAUCCCAAGACGAGUGGCUAUUUGGCGGAUCCGCAGUUCAUGGCAAAGUUGAAGGGGAUGAGUGGGAAUCCGAAUGCGAAUACGGAGAUGUUUUCCGAUCCGCGCUUCUUGCAGGUCAUGAGUGUGUUGUUGGGGGUGGACAUGCAUAUCCCUACGGAGGAGGACUUCCAGAAACAGGGCGGUGCAAAGGAGGCGGAGGAGGAUGUGCAGAUGCCUGAUGCGCGGCCGACGUCGAAGUCGGAGGCGAAGAAGGCCCCAGAGCCGGAGCCGGAACCGGAACCGGAAGAUGAAGAGGCGGCGGCGGCGAAGCAGGCGAAAGCAGACGCAGACGCAGAAAAGGCAUUGGGCACAGCUGCGUACAAGAAGCGGCAAUUCGACGAGGCAAUUCAGCACUACAGCAAAGCCUGGGAACUGCACAAGGACAUCACCUACCUCACCAACCGAAGCGCCGCGCAGUUCGAGAAAGGCGACUACGAAGCCUGCAUAGCCGAUUGCAAGGAAGCAGUGGAGCACGGGCGGGAGGUGCUCGCGGACUUCAAGAUCAUCGCCAAGGCCUUUGGCCGCAUGGGCAGUGCCUACGAGAGACUCGGCGACUUGACCAACGCCAUCGACUUCUACGGCCGCAGUCUGACCGAGCACCGCACUCCGGACAUCCUCACGAAGCUGCGCGCCGCCGAGAAGGCGAAAAAACAAGCCGACGUGACGUCCUACAUCGACCCGCAAAAAGCAGAAGAGGCGCGCGAGCGCGGCAACGAGCUCUUCAAAAACACCGAGUGGCCGGCAGCAGUCGAAGCGUACACGGAAAUGAUCAAGCGCGCGCCGCGAGACCCGCGAGGCUACAGCAACCGCGCCGCCUGCCUCAUCAAACUGCUCACCUUCCCCUCUGCCGUGACGGACUGCGACGCCGCGCUCGCCAUCGACCCGGCCUUUGUGCGCGCCUACCUGCGCAAAGCGCAGGCCCUCUUCGCCAUGAAGGAGUACAACCGGUGUCUGGACGUGUGCACGCAGGCGCACGAGCACGACGCGGACGGCAAGAAUGCGCGGGAGAUUGAGGCGCAGAGCGGGCGGGCGCUGGAGGCGAUGAUGAAGGAUCGCGAGGGCGAGACGGAGGAGCAGGCGCAGGCGCGCAUCGGGCGCGAUCCGGAGAUUAUGCAGAUUCUGCAGGAUCCGGUGAUGCAGAGCAUUCUGCAGCAGGCCAAGGGAGACCCGAAGGCGUUGCAGGAUCAUAUGAAGAACCCCGACGUGCGCGGCAAGGUUCAAAAGUUGAUUGCGGCGGGUGUCAUUCGAAUGGGCUAGGGGUGGAGCAGGCAUGGGACGAGUGUAGCAGUGUACGAUGGUACCCGCGACGCAGAGUAUAUCCUUUCAAGCAUAGCGGGUGUAUGACAAAAGAUCUUCGACC